AAGGUAGCAACGACCCCUCUAAAAUGAAGUCUCAUACACAUUAUUUAGAAGUGUGAGGCGAAGCAUAUAAUAUAUCAUUGCUCAACAAAAUUAGAUUCGUGUAUGAGUUUUGCAUUCAAUUCCCUUAGUCUUUCAGAAUAUAGAAAAUAUAACAUUCUAUCAGUUUUCACCAUUGCAUUAAUUUUUGCUUCUGCCGACACUCUCUGUGUCUGCUACAUCAACAGAUACUUGGAAAAGGAUUGACCAUAACCUUCCUAUCCUUCACUUCAAAACCAACGUUUUUGUUUAAUUUUAUCAUUGACUCUACUUUGUGUUUCACUGCCACUUCUAUCUUCGUUCACAUGUCUACCAACCUUUGCUUUGAAGGAUUGGAUGAAAGAAGAGAGAGGAAAUCGGUUAUUGAGAAUAAUAAUUCAGAGGAUGAUAAGUGGACAAGAAUUGGAAGCCUAAAGAAGAAAGCAUUAAACGCGUCCAGCAAAUUCAGGCAUUCUCUUAAGAAGAGAAAAAGCCGAAAAAGUGUUAGCCGAAGCACUUCCCUUUCCAUUGAGGAUGUUCGCGAUGUUAAGGACCUUCAAGCAGUUGAUGCAUUUCGACACACACUUGUGUUAGACAGCAUGCUGCCUCCAAUCCAUGAUGACUAUCAUAUGCUAUUGAGAUUCUUGAAAGCAAGAAAGUUUGAUAUUGAGAAAGCAAAGCACAUGUGGGCUAACAUGAUCCAAUGGAGGAAGGAAUAUGGUACAGAUACAAUUUUAGAGGACUUUGAAUUUGAGGAGUUGGAUGAAGUCCUGAAGUACUAUCCACAUGGUUAUCAUGGUGUAGAUAAGGAAGGAAGGCCAGUUUAUAUUGAGAGGCUGGGAAAAGUUGAUGCCAAUAAGCUUAUGCAAGUAACUACCAUCGAAAGGUAUUUGAGAUACCAUGUGCAGGGCUUUGAGAAAGCAUUUUCUGUUAAGUUUCCAGCUUGCUCUAUAGCUGCUAAGAGACACAUAGAUUCAAGUACAACCAUUUUGGAUGUUCAAGGCGUGGGUUUCAAAAACCUAACCAAGUCUGCAAGGGAACUCAUCACCAGGCUGCAGAAGAUUGAUGGUGAUUUCUAUCCUGAAACACUCUGCCAAAUGUUUAUCAUUAAUGCUGGUCCUGGUUUUAAGAUGCUCUGGAACACGGUGAAGACAUUUCUUGAUCCCAGAACUACUUCAAAGAUUCAUGUUCUUGGAAACAAGUUCCAGAGUAAAUUACUUGAGAUUAUCGAUGAGAGUGAGCUGCCAGAAUUUCUUGGGGGUAGGUGCACUUGUGUAGAUCAGGGUGGUUGUAUGAGGUCUGAUAAAGGACCAUGGCAAGAUCCCAACAUUUUAAAGAUGGUUCUUAGUGGUGAAGUGGGAUGUUCUAAACAAAUAGUAACAGUUUCUAACGAAGGGGGGAGGGUGAUCGAAUGUGAUAAGACAUCUUAUUCAAUGAUAAGAGGUAGUGAUACAUCUGCAGGAGAAUCAGGAUCAGAAGUUGAGGAUAUAGUUUCUCCCAAAGCAAGUGGGAAUUGUAUAAGCCCUAUGUUAACUCCUGUCCAAGAAGAAGUAAGAUUGGUUGGUAAGUCUAGUCAUGCUCAGUAUGAUGAGUAUGUUCCCAUGGUUGACAAGGCCGUUGAUGUUGUUGGAUCGAAGGAGCAGCAAUCUACACCUCAAAAGUCAUUUGGCUUAACAGCGGGCUUCUUUUUGGCCCUUUUUACUUUUGCUCGUUCAAUAGCGUUUCGUUUCACUAAAGGAAUACGGGACUUUGAAUCUGAUUCAAUAUCCAAGGAGGAAUCUCGUCCUCCUUCACCUGUUCCCGGGUUCACAAAGGAAAAUCUUCCAUCAUCUACCUUAAAACGCCUUGGUGAGCUUGAAGAGAAAGUUGACACGCUACAGUCAAAUCUUAAUGUGAUGCCACAUGAGAAAGAGGAGCUGCUGAAUGCUGCAAUUUAUCGUGUGGAUGCAUUGGAAGCAGAGCUGAUUUCUACCAAGAAGGCUUUAUUCGAAGCUUUGAUGAGACAAGAAGAACUUCUUGCUUAUAUAGACGGUCAGAAUAAAGGGAAAUCCAAGGCAAGUCAAACGUAUUUGCAUUUUUGUUUGGAUUUCUUUUUUGUAAAAAGAAAAAAAAAAGUCAACUUUUAGAUACCAUCAUACGUAGGAAUUCUCAAGAAGUGUGUUCAAUCUAUUUGUAAAGCAGAGAAAGAUUUGGCGGUGAAGAUAUACUUCCUAUAUAUGGUGGAGUCGUUCAGUGGGGGUAUCAUAUUACUUCCUAAGUAUGAUGUGUGUAAUAAUGUAAAAAAUUACAUUGGUCGUGUCUCUAUUUACAAGCAUGAUGAUGUUAAAUAACAUUCGUCAGAGAGAACUAGACUUCAUUUGAACAGUGUUUUAUUGUGUUUGGGUGUUGGAAAUGAAUAAUUACACCCAAGCACUUGCAUACAAAUCAUUUCAUAUUUAUUUAAUUUUGAUUUUCUAAUUACAAUUAAUUGUACUUUGAUUUUUUUUUUU